GUUUUAACUAAAAGUGUUGCAAUGAACGGACGAUGGACAAAAAAGAGCAAAGACUUGUACGCAAAACAAGGAGAAAGAGGUCGGCCGGCUGUUUGUCUUUCAUAAGAAGUUGGCCAGCUAUUUCUGCAAACAUUAGAGUGAAAGAGCCGCCUCCUUUAGACUACUUGGAUGAUAUAUCGAAUCCUGUGGUUGAAGAGAAACAGGUACCAUUAAGAUCCACUGAUAGAACACUGUUAGAAAGUUUUCUCUUCAACUACUCUAUCAUUUUAGUUCUCUGUCAAAAAGAAUGGCUAUUAGAGCUUGGAUCACCUUUUGAUAUUUUCAACGAGUUUCGUCCAUUUUUGAAGACCCCUCUUUACCAGUGUCCCGUACCCUGGAUGAACAAUCCCAUGGUGGGUGUUGCACUGUGUGCAAUUGAAUUGGUUGCAAAAGCUGGUUGGCUUUGGCACUAUUACCUAUUUAAUCCACAGCAUGAGGCACUGGCUGUACAGGUUCAUAGUGCAGCCAAAUACUUUAUUGUGCCUUUGCUUACAACAGAUGUCAAGUUUGUUCAACCGAAACAUGUGCGAAGAAGACUUGAGGAUAGCUGUUGCACAGCUCGGAUUAUGGCGAAGGCUGUCUACUGCCUGCUCACAAAACUUCUUUACCCCAGAAUGGAUGCCAGCAAAAGACCUGGAAAAGUUGGCGUUCCAUUCCCAAACCUCUUCGAUAUGCACAUGGUCGUUUGCGGUCAUACGUACGUCAAUGAUUCAUCAAAAAGAUCAAAAUUAUCUCAUGUGGAGAAUCGAGAAUUUUGCUUCUGCCCUACGAAUCUCCUGCUUUUGGCUGUGGAAAGCUUUUUGAACGGUACAUGGGGAACUAAAGGUAACCCUGGCCAGGGAUGGAUCGUUUUAUUAAAGAAAAAUUGUUUUAAGAAAGUGAUGUUCUAG